UGUGAUGGCACUAUAUAUAUGAUGAUGAUGAUAAUUUUGAUAAAACAUAGUGGCAUUGUAUGGUUUACAACAUAUCGGUAUUCGAAUAACCGACGACGAUGACGAUAAAAGUGGAAUAUUAUUAGGCCAAUACUGAUAUGUGAAAUAUUAUCUAUACAACACACGAGCAUUACCAUCGAUUCUAUGAGAUGAUUAUUGUUCAUGAUGAUUGAAGGGGGAAUAGUAAUACGGCUACGCCAGCCGAAUGAUUAGAGAAUUUUUCGUCUCUCGUCUAUAUCUCUAUCCUGCUACCAAUGCAAAGAUAGAAUGGAUGAUGCUGUAGAAGACAAUUCAAUCAAAUAACAGCAGCCACAGCUAACUGUCUGUAGUAGUAGUAUUAGUAAUGAUAAAAUGCUCUGGUUUUUAUCGGGUUAUUGUGGUGGUGGCAACGAUGCAUUUUUUGUUCCUAUUCUCUAUAUUGGCCCAGACGCCAUUCGUUUAGAUUCUUUUUUCAUUUAACAUCAAAGAAUUUCUCUCUCACACACAAACAAGACACAGACAAGUAAACAUUGUCCAAAGAACUUUUAGAAUAUGAUUCUGAUUCUGGUUUUCUGGCCCAUGCUUCGGUCAUUAUUAUAACCGGAGAGAGUGAGACCUAGUUCAAUGUUUUUGUGUGCGUGUGUGUGUUUUGUUGCUAAUACUUGAUUCGGCAUUUGGUUCUAUACACAAUUGUAUUAUAUGGAGAAUAAUAAAACAUUCUGUAAUAAUAACACUUACAACAGCAUCAUCAUCAACAAUAACCUACUUCUUAACAGUGUUCAUCAUCAGUGUUCCAGAAAAAAAAUUCGGAUUUGGACCAAAUCGAUCACGACUUGAAAUGAAAUGAAUGGAUGAGUAUACUGCUAGGGUCUCAAUACGGCUGUGUUUUUCUCAUAUAUCUGUGUGUGAUGUGAUGUCCAUCGAAAGAUCAUCAUAUCUUGUUUGAUUGGAUUUUUAUUUUCGUUCUGUUUACUGUCAUCUUUUUUUUAUAUUUUCGAAAACACACAAAUAUUUUUUUUUACAUAAAAUUUUCCAACGUUUCUUUUUUCAAUUUUCAUUACAAAGUUGAUUCUUCGUUAGAAUUUUGCAUCCCCAUUGUUCAUUACAAUGGAAAACAAGAUUUUCAUUUUCAUUCAAUAAAAAAAAGCAGCUGGAAUUAAUUUCUACUUGACUUGUAAUUAACGUUAUGAUGAUAACGAAGAUGAACGCGUGAGCUACAUACACACACGUACAGUAGCUUUCAAAAUGAAGAUAAAUUUCUGACAUCGAUUUCUAAUUCGUUUCAUCGUUUCGAAAAAUUUUCAUCUUGUUUUCAAUUUCAUUUUAUUAUCCAUCAUUCAUGUAUUGAUUGUCUGGCAAUGGUGAAAGGGUAUUGUGAUCUGUUUUUGUGUGUCUGAUGUUUAAGCGUGUCAAUCAUCAUCAUCAUCAUUGAAAAUUAAAAAUCACUUUCUUUUCAUAUACAUCAUAUAAUAUUUGAUUGAUCAACCUACCAAAUUCAUUUUUGUCUUUAUAUAAUCCACAUCAAUGGAAAUCUAUAUGGUUCAGUUAUAUAAUUAAAAUUAAAAAAUUGAAAUUUUAAACUCAAAAGUUCAAAAGAUUUUUGCUCAAUCUUCCAUCAAAAAAAAAAUUCUCUCUUGAUAUAUUUAUAUUAUUUAUUUUUUUUUGGAACUUUUAUUUGUGUUGAAAUCACAUCACUCUCAAUGACUAUCGAAAAUACUAAAGUUGGCGAAACGCCAAUCUUUACGACCAAAGCACACGUAUUUCAUAUUGAUCCGCAAACAAAACGAUCUUGGAUUCCAGCUAGUUCAGCGGCAGUAAAUGUUAAUUUUUAUUAUGAUUCCACACGAUCUUUAUAUCGGAUAAUCAGUGUCGAAGGUCAAAAGCCUGUCAUCAACAGUACGAUUAUUCCGAAUAUGACUUUUACAAAAACAUCACAAAAAUUUGGACAAUGGUCCGAUAUUCGUGCCAAUACCGUUUAUGGUCUAGGAUUUUCAUCGGAACCAGAAUUGAAUCGAUUUAUUGAAAAAUUUCAAGAAGUUAAAGAAGCCACAAGGAUCGCUCAACAGAAAGCCCUACAACCAAAUGGCAAUAUCAGUAACACUGGUGCUACGGCCGCUGUUGCUGUUAAUCAUUCAAUGUCGGCACGAGAUUCACCACGAUUAUCUUCGCAAUAUCAAAAUGAUAUCCUAAUGAGCAAAUCAUUACUGCCUCAUCAACGAAGCCAAAGUUUAUCGGGUCUUCAAGCCAAAAAUUUAACCGAUAGUCCAAAAUAUCGAAACCGUGACAAACAGGUUUCAUCUGUUACACUUCCACAAUCAUCUAUCGAAGCGCAAUUGCGUUAUGAAAACGAAAGGCUUAAAUUAGCCUUAGCUCAGAGUUCAACCAAUGCAAAGAAAUGGGAAAUUGAAUUACAAACAUUGAAAAGUAACAAUACUCGAUUAACGAAUGCGUUACAAGAAUCAACGGCAAACGUUGAAGAAUGGAAAAGACAGUUGCAAUCACUGAAAGAUGAAAAUACUAAAAUGAAACAUAAAAUACUUGAGCUAGAAGCUAGCCAUGGAAAUCCGGAAGCCAUAGCAGAUCUACGUAAAGAGAUUAAUCAAUACCGUGUACAUUGUGAAAAUCUUGAAGUGGAAAUCAAACAAAAAGAUUGUGAAAUCGAAUUAUUAAAAAAACGUCUAGAAGAACAAUGUCAACUUUAUGGUACAUCAAAUCAAAAAGUUGAUGAUAAAAUAAAGAUUCUUUUAAAUGAUAACGAAAGUUUACGUCAACAAUUGAAUCGUCUUUCAUCGAUGGAUAAUAAUAGUGAUUCUUGUAUCAAACUAAGCGAUAAACAAUAUCGGUCAUUAUUGGAACAAUUGAACAUUCGUUUUGCCCAAAAUAUUCAAGAGCUGCGUUCAAUACAACAAGAAUUUUCUUCAUUGCUCAAUGCAUCUUGAUGAUUCAAAUGAUCAAAAGAAUUGAAUGAUUAUUAAUUUUCCAUUGAUUUAUUGAUUGAUUUAUUGAUAGAUCAAAAUAUUGUAGAUGAAUUUCAUAAUGUUCAACAGUUUAACUGUGUUGUUUUACGACCAUGAUGGCAAUGAUGAUGAGACGGCAAUAUUUUUUUUUGUUUUGUUUAUAAAAAAAAACUGUGACGAUUAUAUUUCAUCAAUAAUAAACGGCAUUCUUCCUCAAUUUAUACAAUCAAUCAAUUUUUGGCCAUGAAUUCAACAACAACCAAAAAAAACAGAUAUUCAUCACCUAUAUUUCAAACAUUUCUUCAUCGAUAGAAUAAUCAUUGAAUGUCAUUCUGUUUCUCACAUAUUUUCAGUCAGAGCAUCACAUUAUGGACGAAUGAACGAAAAAAAGAGACAAAGAUUAAUUGUUAUAUUUGUCAUCCAUCAACACAUAAUCUUCAUGUUUGCCAAUCAAUGUUCUUUCUGGUUGUUGUUGAUAUUGAACGUUUUCCAAAUAAGUCAACAAAAUGAACAAAAAAAUAUUUCUGUGUGCAACCGCGAAUCACAAUAUUCGAUGAAGUUGAUGUUUGUGUUUGUGCGUUGUCUAUAUCAUUCACCAUCAACACAGCCAAGGAAAAAAAAUUCUUGUCUCUUUUCAUCAUAUUCUUUACAUUUUAUUCUAAUUAUUAUUAUUAUUAUUAUGAUUAUGAUUAAUUAUUGUUGUUGUUGUUUUUAAAAAUGUUAAAUUCUAGAUCACCUAAAAUAAUAUAUGCCCACUUUAUAUAUUCUCUUAUACAUACAAGACAAAUCGAAGAUUCAUCGAUUUCUGAAAAAAAAAAAAAAUAUUUGUUUUCAGAUCAAAUACACAGACACACACACACAUACCCCUGUAUAAUUCAUACAUUACUCGAGCCUAUACACAAUUAUGAAAUAUUUUCAUUUUGCCGAUCUAAAAAGUCAACAUUCCUAUUCUACGACGACACACACACACACACUUAUUUACAUCACCAGAAUGAAAAAAAAACAAAAAUUUCAUUUUUUUUCUGUUGUUGCUGUCGUUUUAAACGUUAAUGUUAAUUUUAAACAAUAAAAAAAAAUUCUCGCAAUCAUAA